CGCUGGGGCUGGCUGCACCCGCUCCUCCGCCUUGUCAGUCUGUAUGAUGACAUCACGAUUUCACCCCGGGGGUAACACUCUUCACGCAACUACACUACGUUUGUACGGGCGUUUAGAUGCCUGCAUUGGUGCUUUCCGAGGUUCUCCUACUGGCCAACUAGCGCCUCCAACGCUACACCAUGUCAGAAAUCCUCGACGCCAUCAAAGACGCCGUCAGCCCCAAGAGGCGCGAGCAAGCGACAGUCUCGACCUACGAUGCCCAGAAGCGCGGCCCCUAUGCUGAGCACGGCGAUGACCAGCAGGGACUGUCACCCCCGAGCGAGGCCCAGACCAACCUCAGCAGCACCGGCACCGGCACCGCCGCAGCGGCACCCGGCCAGCGCAGCGGUUCUCUUUUCAGCCAGGCCAUGAAUGCGGCCGAGGAGUCCAGCAAGGGGUCGCGGACGGGAAAGGGGUCGCGGACGGGAAAGGGGUCGCGGACGGGAACUGCGGCCUCCGCACCAGACCGAGCGCCGAAGUUGGCCAGCAACGCCGGCUUCGGCGCCCCCGAAGGCACUUACAGCCCGCACAAGUCGCGCGUCGCCAACGUGCUCGACCCACGCGUCGACUCAGACCGGGAUGGGUGGCCGAGCCAGGGGCUGAGUGACUACGGCGGAGCUGCCGCCAAGCCGGUGCACGCGGAGGGCGGCAAGUACGGGCUGUCUUAGCAUCUUGUUUGCAUGUGUUAGGAAGAUGGCCAUGGACUAAUCAGUUGCGGGGGGAUGCUCUGAUAUUCAUUCCUCUUUUCGAGUUGAGACUUGCGCAUCCUCAUAUCACAAGAGUCUAAGUAGGUCUCUGUCGAUAAUUUACUGCCAUUUUCUG